GAAGGUACUCCAACUAAUUCGUUUCGCGCCAGCAAAGAAAGAAUCGUUCGUCCUCAGGUGCCGGACGCCAGUGUGCCAGCAGACAAUUUUGUUGUUGUUUUCUCUAUGAAAAGGCCGGGUGAUACUGAGAGAAAGAGAGAGAGAGAGAGAGAGAGAGAGUAGAUUUAAAUUUAUGUGUACCUGGGUCCGGUUCUUCAUUGAAUUAUAUCCGAAUCCUGAUUCAACUAGGGCCACAGCAUGAUCUACAGUUCAUCACCGCACCCCCAGAAUAGAUCUAUAGGAGCCUAUUUGAAAGAAGAUUCACAAGCGACAGAGAGUCCUGCAAAUGAGGGCGAAGGAUCGCACACUUUGUGCGAUCGUGCUCCAAGUGGCCUGGAGGAUAACAACAAAAGAUUCAUUGUCAAGGCCCGCAACUUUGGAAGGCAAUACGCUCAUUUGUAUGCUGUGAGACUUCUAGAAAUGAGAAAGAAAUUGACUGUUGCAGCCUCAAAAAAGUGGGGUUCAGAAAUACCACAGCGAAAGCUACACAGUCUAAAGACUGAUGAGCUCUGCAUUGUGAUUGGCACUCUGUUCAAGCAUAUGGAGCUCCAGCCAAGUAUUCUUAAAGAGAUAAGUGAAGAGCACAACUUGUUGCCACAGCCCAUUCAAAGUCGGUAUACAAAUGAAAACGAUAAGCUCAUUAUUGAGGAUGAGUUGCAACGGAUUUUCUUAGUUGGGCAUUUGGAUUGUAAGACUUCAGUGACAGGAACUGUUGUUGCUGUGUUAGGAAAAGAACCAGAAAAUGAACGGGGUAAAUUUUACGUUGAAGAUUACUGUUUCCAGGAUAUGCCUGGUCAGAUUCCACGUCCCAUAUGUGAGGAAGAAAGGUAUGUACUCUUUGCAAGUGGAUUUGAGCUGGGUGGCCGUGAGGAACGCACCUUCCAGAUGCAGCUGUUAGCAGACUUAGUGAGUGGUCAGCUUGGAGACCCUGAACAGCUGAAAGCUUCAGCUUCUAUUUGCCACGUGGUCAUAGCUGGAAACUCACUUAGUGAGUCUACACAGGAUAAGGACUCACUCAGCAAGGCAAAAUACUUGUCCAAGAAGACUUCAGCAGGCAGUGUAGAUGCUGUAAAAGCACUGGACAACUUCCUAAUGCAAUUUGUGACCAGUGUAGACGUUUCUGUUGUGCCUGGAAGUUUUGAUCCAUCAAACUACACAUUGCCUCAACAACCAUUUCACCGCUGCAUGUUACCAGAGUCUUCGAAGUUCAAAACCCUUCAUUGUCAGCCCAACCCUUGCGACAUUGCCAUUGAAGGCACAAGAGUCUUGGGUACAGCUGGGCAACCCCUUGAUGACAUCUGUCGAUACAGUGACAUUGAUGAUAGACUGCAGGCACUUGAGAAAACCUUGGAAUGGGGUCAUUUGGCUCCUACUGCCCCUGACACGCUAGGCUGCUAUCCAUUUAUGGACAAGGAUCCCUUCAUCCUGUCUGAAUGCCCUCACAUUUACUUUGCUGGUUGCCAGCCGGAGUUCAAAAGUAAAGUUGUGAAAGGGCCAGCGAAUCAAGAGGUCCUGUUACUGACGGUCCCCCGUUUCAGCCAAACAGGGACAGCUGUGCUGGUCAAUGUCAGAUCAAUGGAAGCUUUGCCCAUCAGCUUUUAUGGUCAUUUUCCUAUUGUUGAUGAAAGUGUCAGCCCGGAGGUAGAUAAGUGAUGUAGAUUACAAGUUACAAUCCAGGAUUCAGGCUUUUAUUUGCCUCAAUACUGUACAAAUCAUUGUUUCAGCCUUUAUUGAUACACAUUCAGCUUAUAGUUUUUCAGCAAGUUAAAGGAAAAGUUGCACGAUUGAACAGCUCCAUAGAUGUCCUCAACUUAAAUAAAACGGGGAAAAUUUCUGAUAAAAUUCACGAGCAAUGAGUUUAGUAUAUUUUAUAAUGUGAGAAAGUCUACUGGAUACUAAUUUUUCAACUUACUUGCUAGAAGUCUUCAAGGAGAAAGUGUCAGCUGGGGUUUUAACGUACACAGAUAGUUUCGUAGUUUUUACUUUCAUUGGACGUGAAAUAUGUUGAGUUUGCACCAAUGUAUUUCCAGACAAUGUCAGGAAAUGGGAAUAGACAAUUAUUUUUCUAUCAUCGUUGUGGUAGUAAUUGCUGUACCUACCAUAUGUUCCGCAAACCAGUUUUUCCACCUGUUGUGUCAGGGUUCACCUACUCCUGUACGUUGGUGUGCAGCUGGACCAAUAAUUGUAAAAAGGAUUACUUUGUAAUUGUUUUUGCAUAAUCUCCCUUUCCAACACCAUAUGUGUCAAGAAUGAACACAACUGUCCGUCUCAUUGGUCAUUGUAUAGAUUUGACACCCUUCUUGACACUACAUGUUAUUUAAGAGGCAGGACCUCCAAAGUUAACGUUCAUCUCUGAUAGAACCAAACAAAUUGCUCUAGAGCUUUAAAAAACUCCCCAAACAGCCCAUGUUCAAAGAACCAACGUGGAGAUUCAUUUGCUUGGAAGCCAGCAUGAUACCAACUGAGCUACAGAUGCGCCCAUGGCCUAUCUGAAUGUUCCACGAGAUCUUACAGGUUAAUAUCUUUUGCUUAUGUGUGUUCGGCUGUAGGUUAGUACAUAACUUUCUGAAUAAAAUGUUUUAUGAUUCAGGGACUUGACAGGAAUUGACAGUAGCUGGAUUUUUAAAAAUAUUCAGCAUUUGUCACUAAGUAGGCAAUAUGAACAAAAUGCAGUUUUGUUGUCUUGCAUAAUGCUCAAUGAAAAUUAUAAAUCAAAUAGUACGGGUGAAAUUUAGCGAGAGAAACAGAGAAUUGUGUUUUGUAGUUUUCUGCUUCACAACUGACUUCUUGGAUGCUGAUUUGUGUUUUGUUAAUGCCUUUAUCAUUGUUUUGCUUGAAGUUACAAUUAAAAGUUUUCUAAGAGAGGGAGAAGUCAGACAGAAAUUUUAGGACCUACAGUGUUUCCAGUUUUCGCAAAUGUUCCACAUGUGAAUUAAAACUCGCCUUACUUGGUCCUGUGUACAAACACCUAAUGACUCUUUUUGGAGAAUCAUGCCCAUUUCUCUCACUCAGGUUUUGUUUGACAGGUUAGUAGAAGCUCUGAGCAUUUUGUGAGUUAUUAGUUCUCCUUCUCUUGUCUCUCAAAGGUUUUUACUCUUGAAAAUAUUUUCAGGGUCAGCUUUGUAACCAUCACACGUUUUUUUGUUUUUUUUACAGUGGUAUGCUGUGGUUUGUUUCCAUAACAAUAGUGUAAGACAUAGUAACACAACUAUGUCUUUUUAUCUGUGUUAACUCCCUUUUGUCUGAACAUGGUUACCUGGUUUGUUGUUGGUGGCAGUCAAUUUUGUCUUCGUCAUCGGACCUAUGUGUUAUGGUUAUAUAGUAUAAAUACAUAUGUACAUUUGCAUCAAUGUUGACGUAACAUUUAUCAUUUGGGGAGGGGGCGUGUUACUCAGCGUCUGGUUUUGCAUGGUCAUAUUCCAGCCAAAAUAACCUAUGAUGUGUUAUUUGACUUCUUUGAUAUUUUUGUUUCUAAUGUAUGAAUAAAAUGAUUGUAUACCAUCA